AUGGCGACCGCCAUGUACCUGGAGCACUACCUGGACAGUAUUGAAAACCUGCCUUGUGAGCUGCAAAGGAACUUCCAGCUGAUGCGGGAGUUGGAUCAGAGAACAGAAGAUAAGAAAGCAGAAAUUGACAGUCUUGCAGCAGAAUACAUUGAAUCAGUGAAGAACAUGUUGCCUCAGGAGAGAGUGGAACACCUGAAGAAAAUCCAGAAUGCCUACAGCAAAUGUAAAGAGUACAGUGAUGAUAAAGUCCAGCUGGCCAUGCAGACAUAUGAGAUGGUGGAUAAGCACAUCCGCCGCCUGGAUGCAGACUUGGCGCGGUUUGAAGCGGAUCUGAAGGACAAACUGGAAGGCAGUGACUUUGAAAGCCCAGGAUCUAGAAGUGUGAAAAAGGGACGAAGUCAGAAAGACAAAAAAGGCUCUCGUGGUCGAGGCAGACGAACAUCUGAAGAAGAUACACCAAAGAAAAAGAAAAUUAAAGGAGGGUCUGAGUUUGCAGAUACCAUCCUGUCAGUGCACCCCUCAGAUGUCCUAGACAUGCCAGUGGAUCCCAAUGAACCUACCUACUGCCUGUGUCACCAAGUGUCCUAUGGAGAAAUGAUUGGCUGUGACAACCCAGAUUGCCCAAUUGAGUGGUUCCACUUUGCUUGUGUGGAUCUCACCACCAAACCAAAAGGCAAAUGGUUUUGUCCUCGUUGUGUUCAAGAAAGAAAAAAAAAGAAGUAAGGAGUUGAGGGGAAUAUCCUCUGAGCACAUUUGCAUAUUCUUGACUUUAAGCUGCCUUUCAGAUUAUGAAUGUGAAUCCUUGCAGUCAUCACAGUUUCAGCUGCUGCAGCAGAAGGAAUUAGAAGGAAAUUAGGACCAGGAAAACAAAAAUCUGGCAUUUUUUUCUCUUCAUGCAUGCAGAAGUUGAGGGGAGAGCAGGAAGACUUUUGUCUUCACAUAGAUCCCCAAUAUCUUGGGACUUUCCAGCCUACAAUUGAAGAUGGUGGGGAAAGGUGGAGAGGGGGAGAAAAAACAAACAAACAAACAAAAACCCCACAGCAAAUCACCCUGCAGCAGUAGGCACCAGAGCUCAGGAGCUUUGCUGGCUGUCAUCCCUUGUGGUUGUGGAUGGCAGCUCUGUGUAGGGCUGUAUACUGCUUUGCAUACCAUUAUGCAGGAGCUCUUGGUACAAACUGCUGCAAAGGCAUUAGGAAACUUCCACAUAAGCUUUUGUUUUGCUCUAAAAUCAAUCUGCAUAAAACAGUGAAGAAGGAAAAUUUUUUGAAUAAAAAAUACAAGAAAAAAACCACACCAAAAAACCCCACACAAAAGAAAAAAAAAUGCACACACACACAC